UUCCCUGUGUCCAAGGCUGGUUUCUGGGUUUCUCUCUAGUCGCGCCUCCCUUGCAAACCCUAGGCGGUGGGGUCCGCGUGCUCGCGCUGCGGGCGGCCACGGCCCUUCCCCGAGCGUGCUGGACCCGAGCGCAGCGUGCAGCCUCCGCAGCGACUGGUGAUUCUCAGCAACUGCGACUUAAAUGCCCUUCGGGAAGCCCUGGAAACUCCCCCCUCCUGCCUCGGGCCACCGCCUUCUGCGUGGUGAGCAAGGCGUCCAGCAGCCUCCCGGUUCCCACACUCGGAACUGGAUGGCUUGAGCCAGCUGGGCACGGAAGCGGGAGCCAGGCAGGCAGCGCAGCCGAGAGGGCAGGGGCUGUGCCUGCAGGGUCGCGGUUCCCUGACUCGGACCUGGAUGGCUUGAGCCAGCUGGGCACGGAAGCCGGAGCCAGGCAGGCAGCGCAGCCGAGAGGGCAGGGGCUGUGCCUGCAGGGUCGCGGUUCCCACACUCGGAACUGGAUGGCUUGAGCCAGCUGGGCACGGAAGCCGGAGCCAGGCAGGCAGCGCAGCCGAGAGGGCAGGGGCUGUGCCUGCAGGGUCGCGGUUCCCACACUCGGAACUGGAUGGCUUGAGCCAGCUGGGCACGGAAGCCGGAGCCAGGCAGGCAGCGCAGCCGAGAGGGCAGGGGCUGUGCCUGCAGGGUCGCGGUUCCCACACUCGGAACUGGAUGGCUUGAGCCAGCUGGGCACGGAAGCGGGAGCCAGGCAGGCAGCGCAGCCGAGAGGGCAGGGGCUGUGCCUGCAGGGUCGCGGUUCCCUGACUCGGACCUGGAUGGCUUGAGCCAGCUGGGCACGAGAGCGGGAGCCAGGCAGGCAGCGCAGCCGAGAGGGCAGGGGCUGUGCCUGCAGGGUCGCGCUUUCCAGAAACAGACCCGGAUCCAGCCUGGAUCUCACAACUGUGUUGUGUUAUCUAAAUGUGUUAAAAUACAUUUAGAACUGUGGGGCGGAGGGCAUGUGCCCAGUUCGCCUGGACUUUUCCUCAGAACCGCAGAGUGGUUUCUGUGGACAUUCUAGAGAAGUUCUGCGAAUGCUGGACUUAGGUUUUAUUUCCUUGUUUUUAUAGACAGCGUCUCAGUUUGUCAUACAGGCUGAAGAGCAGUGGUGAGACCACGGCUCAUUGCAGCCUCAACCUCCCUGGUCUCAGGUGAUUCUCCAUGUCAGCCUCCUGACAGCUGGAUUACAGACACACCCUACCAUGCUCGGAUAAUUUUUAUAGUUUUAGUAGACACAGGGUCUCGCUCUGUUGCCCAGGCUGGCCUUGAACUCCUGGGCUCAAGUGAUCCUCCCUCCUUGGCCUCCCAAAGUUCAGGAGUUACAGGCCUGAGCAACCUUGCCCAGCCUCAAUUCAUUUUAAACUAUUAAAAAGCUGUCAAGGGCAGGCAGCCACUGCACUCCAGCCUGGGUGACAGACUGAGACCCUGACUCAAGAAAAAACAAAAGCUGCCCAAAUAAAUUUUGUAGGUACCCUCAAGGAAGGGACUGUAACUACCUGCUCUUUAAGUGUAAACUAUGCAUAGCCCCUUCCUCCCAAAGAGUGCAGUAAACAGUCACUUUGUUGUGGAGAAACUGCCAGGUGACUCAGGUCAGCCUCAGAGUUACACUUGAGGUGACUGUCUGAUGUGAUGGAAUGACAGUGGCCCUUCACCCCUAGAGGCUUCCUUUCUGUACCCUGCAGUCCCAGCCUAACCAGGAGAAAACAGACAAAUUUCAAUUGAGGGACAUUCUUCAAAACACCUGCCCAGUACCCUUCAAACCUGUGAAGGUCAUCAAAAGUGAAGAGUCUGAGAAGGAGCCUGAAGAGAGAACUAAACGUAAUGAAGUGUUCUUAUGGGUACCGGGUACCGCCUUAGGGACAUGAGGCAAACCCGAGGAAAUUAUCAAAGUGUGGACUUCAGUUAACUGCGUCUUAAUAUUGGUUCAGUAAUCAUAACAAAUGGACCAGGCAUAGUAUGUCACACCCAAAAAUUAGCCUGUAGUUCCAGCUACUUGGGAAGCUGAGGCAGGAGAAUCGCUUGAACCCUGGAAGUGAAGGUUGCAGUGAGCUGAGAUUGCACAACUGCAUUCUAGCCUGGGCACUGCAGCAAGACUCCAUCUUAAUAAAUAAUUAAAAAAAUUUAUAACAAAUAUAGCAUAGUAAGGUAAGAUUUUAAUAAGAGGAAGCCAGUGGCUCACACCUGUAAUCCCAACACUGGGAGACCGAGGUGGGCAAAUCAUGAGGUCAGGAAUUCGAGACCUGCCUGAGAAACAUGGUGAAACCCCGUCUGUACUAAAAAUGAGCUGGGUGUGGUGGCCUGUGCCUGUAAUCCCAGCUACUACGGAGGCUAAGGCAGGAGAAUCGCUUGAACCCAGGAGGCAGAAGUUGCAGUGAGCCAAGAUCACACCACUGUACUCCAGCCUGGGCAACAAGAGCAAAACUCCGUCUCGAAAAGAAAUAAGAAGGGAAGGCACAUGUAAUAUGUGGGAUCCCUCUCCAUGUACUAUCUUCUCAAGUCUCUGUAAAUCUAAAACUCUUCUUAAAAGACCUGUUUAAAGAAAAACCUGACAAAUCUGUGCCCUGUGGAGCGUGUUAUGUAUAUUACUAGAGAUGCCAAGGAGGCAGUUCUUAGUGCCUCCCAGUCACUUCGUAAUCAGAGCGGGGGGCACGCAGGCACAAGUCACUCCUUAAGUCAGUAUUUCAAACCAUAUGUAAUGGUAUACUUGAUCAAUACAUAAAUGUCAUAGGCAUUCCACAUCUAACAAGGUGAUAUUUCACAAGAGAAGGGAAGGAAGAAAAGUUAACCAGUCCAAGGAAAAGGAGAAUCUGUUGUCUUUCCUGUGGGCGGAGCCUUCAGCAGCAGCAGCAGCAGCAGCAGCAGCGACAGCAAGACCGAGUCUGUACAGCUGCUGUGACCUGGUGGAGUUCCGCUCUGCAUGGCCGUAGAGUUCUCUGAAGCUGGAGCAAGAACGGGAGAAUAUGGAAGGGGGGCCUCAGGGCCUCCACCUCGAGCCAGGAAAUGAGGACCAGCUGGAUGAUGCCCUGCAGACUGCUCUGAAGAGAAGGAGGGAGCUUCUGCAGAGACUCCAGGAGCAGCACCUCCUGGACGAGCUUUCUCGGGCCCAGGCCUGGAGUGCGGCACGCAGAGGAGCCCUCGGGUCAGCCCUGUCCCCAGAGCUGACCCCCACAGGCGUCCUACAUGCUGCCUCCCCACCUCCGCUGACCCUAGACCCGCCAAGGAUCAUCCUGCCUACGGUCCCCCAGCCUCCUGCCACCGUCAUUCAGCAGCUACCUCAGCAGCCGCUUAUAGCACAGAUUCCUCCGCCCCAGGCCUUCCCUACUCAGAGGUCAGGAAGUAUUAAGGAAGACAUGGUGGAGCUGCUGCUGCUGCAGAAUGCACAGGUGCACCAGCUGGUCCUGCAGAACUGGAUGCUCAAGGCCCUGCCUCCAGCCCCGCAGGACCCACCACAUGUGGCCCCAGGGGUCCCACGAACUACCAGGCGGAAGCUGCCUGCUGUGCACCACCACCACCACCACCACCACCACGCUGCGUGGCCGCUGGGGGCUGCCACUGUCCUCCAGCCCACCCCCAGCCCGUGGAUGCCCAGCCAACCCUGAGUGUGAGUCACAGGAACCCUGGCCGGGCACCUUCCACCCCCGGGCUUCCUCAGGGCUGUGGGCUAUGCCAGGACCAUGGAAAGGGGCAGGGUCCUUCCCUGCCCGGGGGCAGGUGGUGGUAGUGGUGGUGGUGCACAGCAGGCAGCUUUGGCCUGGCAGCUCAGCUCAUGGCAUCCCUUGCUCUGGGACCCCUGCGGUGAGGGGCCUGUGUACCUGCCCAGGGCAGCAGUCCCUCCCAAGGACCCCUCCUUUCCUGUAGGGCAUCGCCGGCCCACCAGGAGCCUCAGGUCCCCCUCUUCCAUCACGGAGGUAAAGUCCAGGCUGUAGACGCCACCAGAUGAGGAUCCUGAAAUGAAGAUUUCAUUCAGAAAGGUUAAGAAAGCUUUAGCUCAGGAGCCAGAAUAGAAAAGAUCAGUCAAUACCUUUAGCCACAUGGAAGUCUGAACAUCCUGAUGGGAAAAAUACCACAAAGUCAAACUUAGUAACUGGGGCCUGUGUGCCGCAGGUGUGGAACAGAGUCCACUAAAGAAGUGGGGGUGUGUGGCUCACGCCUGUAAUCCCAGCACUUUAGGAGGCUGAGGCAGGAGGAUCACUUGAGCUCAGGAAUUUGAGACCAGGCUGGGUCACAUAGUGAGACCCUGUCUCUACAGAAAAUAAAGCUAAAAAACUAACCAGGUGUGGUGAAAUGCGCCUGUGAUCUCAGCAGCUCUGGAGGCUGAGGCGGGAGGAUUGCUUGAGCCCAGGAGUUAGCAGCUGCAGUGAGCCAUGAUGGAAGCACUGCACUAUAGUCUGGGCCACAGAGCAAGAUCCUGUCUCAAAAAAUAAAAUAGUGAAAGAAGCCAGCUGUGCAUGAUGUGAUCCCUUUUGAGGUAAGACGAAAAGAAAGGGAGAGUGCCAAUGCUAUAAACGCAGACCCUGCUGCGUGCUGGUUUGCACAGCUCUUGUUCCUGGACAUCAAAGGUGGGCGCCGGGAGGGGACAGGGCGGCUCACUCUCCCCAGUUUCCUUCUGUGCCCGGGAAGCAAAGGUGGGCGCUGGGAGGGGGCAGGGCGGCUCACUCUCCCCAGUUUCCUUCUGUGCCCGGGAAGCAAAGGUGGGCUCUGGGAGGGGGCAGGGCGGCUCAUUCUCCCCAGUUUCAUUCUGUGCCCGGGAAGCAAAGGUGGGUGCCGGGAGGGGGCAGGGCGGCUCACUCUCCCCAGUUUCCUUCUGUGCCCGGGAAGCAAAGGUGGGCUCUGGGAGGGGGCAGGGCGGCUCACUCUCCCCAGUUUCCUUCUGUGUCCGGGAAGCAAAGGUGGUCGCCGGGAGGGGGCAGGGCGGCUCACUCUCCCCAGUUUCCUUCUGUGUCCGGGAAGCAAAGGUGGGCGCCGGGAGGGGGCAGGGCGGCUCACUCUCCCCAGUUUACUUCUGUGUCCGGGAAGCAAAGGUGGGUGCUGGGAGGGGGCAGGGCGGCUCACUCUCCCCAGUUUCCUUCUGUGUCCGGGAAGCAAAGGUGGGUGCUGGGAGGGGGCAGGGCGGCUCACUCUCCCCAGUUUCCUUCUGUGUCCGGGAAGCAAAGGUGGGUGCUGGGAGGGGGCAGGGCGGCUCACUCUCCCCAGUUUCCUUCUGUGUCCGGGAAGCAAAGGUGGGCGCUGGGUGCGCCAAGGGCGGCUCACUCUCCCCAGUUUCCUUCUGUGCCUGGGAAGCAAAGCUGGGCACUGGGUGCGCCAAGGGCGGCUCACUCUCCCCAGUUCAGUUCCUUUUGUGCUGUCUGGGUUUCUUACCAUGUGGAUAGGCUACCUGGACUAUUCCUUUACUUGUUGUUAUUUUUCUUUUUUGGUGGAAUUAUGUUUCCUUGCCGUUUUAAUGUUACUUAAAUAUUUUUAGGUAUUAUGCAUGAAUUUUCAUUCACCUCCUAUUAGGACACAUUCCUUCAUUCCUGAAGCUCCCCAGGAGGAGGGACCGUGUCCCAGUGUCUGCAUCCUGGGAAGCUUGCAGGUCUGAGACCAGAUGACCAGAGUUGCCACUGAGCUGCAGGAGCUUCCACUCUGGCUGACCUGGCCUCAGAACUCCGCAGGGUGAGCCACGUGGAGUCCACAUGGAUGGACAGGUGUGAGCACCAAACGGGCCAGUGCAGCUGCUGGUUCUAACACUUCUCAGAACCAUCUUUUUGCGCCUCUUGAAUGUGAUUCCAGAGACCCUGUGCUCAAGUCAAAGUUCUGACUCCAUUUCCUAUUUUCACGGUGAUUUUUUUCUAGCAUGGCAUUUUGAUUUCCUUCUAUUAAAUAUUUCUCAACAGAA